UUGCUGCUUAAGUAGCUGAUUUUUUUGUUUAUUUUUGAAUUUGAUUACAUUUUAUUCGAACCUGCCAUUGUUAGAUAUGAUUUAAACGUGCACAGAGUGACUGCAUAGUUAGAAUCCCACUGCUGGAUGGAACAAAGAUGGAUAUCAAGAUUCUUUUUUUUCUCUCAUGAGAAGUGCGUCAUCAUCAUACCACGCUUUUGCCUCCGCACCUCUUCCCGUCAAACUAACAUGGCGACAGCGAUGGUGGCAACCGACACAAGAAAGCUUCCGCGGCCAGGCCGCGGUGGAGUCAUCUCUCAGGGACUCACCGAGGAAGAAUCAAGAGUUAGAGCCAUAGCCGAGAUCGUCAACAACAUGGUAGAGCUCUCUCGUAACGGCGAGAGUGUCGACCUAAAUGCCCUAAAAUCCGCCGCAUGUCGCAAAUACGGCCUAUCACGUGCUCCUAAACUCGUUGAAAUGAUCGCCGCUCUCCCUGAUUCUGAGCGUGAGGCUCUCCUGCCGAAGCUUCGAGCGAAGCCCGUCCGAACCGCCUCUGGAAUUGCCGUUGUGGCGGUCAUGUCUAAGCCACAUCGGUGCCCGCAUAUAGCCACAACUGGGAAUAUAUGUGUAUAUUGUCCCGGUGGGCCUGAUUCUGAUUUUGAGUACAGCACACAGUCUUAUACCGGAUACGAGCCGACUAGCAUGCGAGCAAUUCGUGCCAGAUACAACCCAUAUGUCCAAGCCAGGAGCAGGAUUGACCAGCUGAAGCGACUGGGUCACAGUGUAGAUAAGGUUGAAUUCAUCUUGAUGGGUGGCACUUUUAUGUCAUUGCCUGCUGAAUACCGAGACUACUUCAUAAGGAAUCUUCAUGAUGCUUUGUCAGGGCACACUUCCGCAAAUGUUGAAGAGGCGGUUGCUUAUUCUGAGCAUGGUGCAACAAAAUGUAUUGGGAUGACUAUUGAGACGAGGCCAGAUUACUGUCUUGGGCCUCAUUUGCGGCAAAUGCUUUCUUAUGGUUGUACGCGAUUGGAAAUCGGGGUUCAGAGCACAUAUGAGGAUGUUGCUCGUGACACCAAUAGAGGCCACACUGUGGCAGCUGUUGCUGAUUGCUUUUCUUUGGCUAAAGAUGCUGGUUUUAAGGUGGUUGCUCAUAUGAUGCCUGAUCUUCCGAAUGUGGGGGUUGAGAGGGACAUGGAAAGUUUCAAGGAGUUCUUUGAGAGUCCUUCUUUUAGAGCUGAUGGGCUUAAAAUUUAUCCAACACUUGUUAUUCGUGGAACGGGUCUUUAUGAGCUCUGGAAAACUGGCAGGUAUAGAAAUUACCCUCCAGAGCAGCUUGUGGACAUUGUAGCUCGGAUUCUGGCCAUGGUACCCCCAUGGACGCGUGUUUACAGAGUUCAGAGGGAUAUUCCUAUGCCUCUAGUUACUUCCGGUGUUGAAAAAGGGAAUCUUCGAGAGCUUGCUUUAGCUCGUAUGGAUGAUCUGGGUUUAAAAUGCAGGGAUGUCCGAACACGUGAAGCUGGGAUUCAAGACAUUCAUCACAAGAUAAGGCCGGAUGAGGUUCAGCUUGUUCGGCGAGAUUAUACUGCCAACGAGGGAUGGGAAACUUUUCUUUCAUAUGAAGACACACGGCAGGAUAUUCUUGUUGGAUUACUGCGGCUGCGAAGGUGUGGCAAGAACGUUACUUGCCCAGAACUCGUUGGAAAAUGCUCCAUUGUUCGUGAACUUCAUGUUUACGGAACUGCUGUUCCCGUACAUGGACGUGAUGCUGAUAAACUGCAACAUCAGGGGUAUGGUACACUGCUUAUGGAGGAGGCUGAACGGAUUGCUCGUAGGGAGCAUCGGUCGACGAAGAUAGCGGUUAUUUCGGGUGUCGGCACCCGCCAUUACUAUCGGAAAUUAGGGUACGAGCUUGAAGGUCCUUAUAUGAUGAAGCACCUUGCAUAACAAACAAGUCUUCACAGCACAACAGUUUUGUAAGCUGCUAAUAGUUUAGUUAGCCUUUUAAAUUAUACCACCAAUUUCUCGUUUGUUUGUAUAUUUGCUUUCGGAACGAUGAUUAGAAGAUUGUAGUGGUCGUUGUCAAAAUGUUGAUCGAGAAGUUUCUCUGCUUUUCUUAUGCCA